CCCCCGCAGCCGCAGGUGACGCGAUCAUAUUUCCCUUCAUUUUCCUUGGUAAUAAAACGUGAGAAACUAAAAGUCCGUAUGUUUUCCACGGUCAAAGACUCAAAGUUGAAAAGAAAACUUGUUUAUUCAUCUGCUAGGGUCAAUACCGUAAUCUACAGCAAAGUUUCUCUGCAAACAUCACCACGUCGCAGCGAUGGGGAUGGUGGCCUCCAUGUGCACGGAGCCGAUCAAGCGCCGGCGAGCAGAGAAGGACCUCGACGACAAGGUGGCGGCGGCGCUCCGGGAGAGGGCCAGGUCCCAGCAGCGGACCUUCCGAACGGUGAACAGCAUCACCAUGCGCCUGCCCCGCUUCAAGGACGGCCUCCGGGACAUCAAGGACGUCUUCGACCAGUACGACGAGGAUUCCGACGGCACGAUCGGCAACGACGAGCUGCGGAGCUGCUUGGGCAAGCUCCAGGUCCAGAUGUCCGACAAGGAGGCCGACGACGUGCACCGCUACUGCGACAUCGACCGCCGGGACGGGAUCCAGUUCCAGGAGUUCGUCGUCCUCCUCUGCCUCAUGUACCUGCUCUUCGGCCCGGACGUCACACGCCGCGUCUCCGAGUUCGAGUCGGCGAAGCUUAACCACGUCUUCGACGAGCUCAUCGACGCCUUCCUCUUCUUCGACAAGGACGGCGACGGCAAGAUGAAGAGGAAAGACGUCACCCGGAGGAUGAACGAGGCGUCCCACCAGGAGAGGACGUCCAGCCACAUAACGGCGCAGCUAUUCAAGGAGAUGGACCUCAACAGGAACGGGGAGGUGAACCUCAAGGAGUUCCUCUACUCCAUAAUCAGAUGGGCAGGCCACGAGACCGAAGACGACGAUGCCAGCAAUGAGGGCUCUCCCUAGUGUACUGUCUUGUUACAUGAACGCUUGCAAGUCAAGCUAAAUCCGAAACUAAAUUGUAACUUUGUAAUUGUGGUGGUGUUAUCCGAAUGCAAACGGUUUCAGUAACAAGGCCGUAUUGCGACUCGGGAGUUCUUUCCAGACAGGAUGGUUCAUGUACAGUUAGAUGUAUAUUGUAAAAAAAAUAAAUAGAAAACAUUGUGAAAAGACUGCA